UCUCUACAUGGAGGUGGAAACAUUUUCUUCUUCCCCUCAUGCAUGUCCAGUACAGUGGCUGACAUGUCACUGAGCCGGCAGUUUCUGCUUGCUUUUUGACCCAAGAAAAAAAAAAAAAAAAAAAAAAAAUCAACAUUUACAGUUUUUGAGAAUAUCAUGUAGAGACUUUUUGGGGAGGAGGGUGAUGUUCUGUCAUCACCUCAUUCAAAGUGCGUGUGGAUGAUUCAUGCCUGAGCCGCGGUUAUUACAGGACUCCACAAAGAGACGCAACGCGACGCUCCGCUGAUGUGCAUUGCCGGCAUCAUCUCAUCUCUUCGAGGAGUAGAGGGGGAGAGGACAGAAGGAGGGCUUUUUCCGGGAGUCUUCUCUGCGGAGUCGGGACUGAUGACAGCCCUGCUUGAGGCUGAAUAAUCCUUUCUUUUUCAGCUGGUUUUAGCUGAGCUGGUUAAGGACCUAUCUGGGGGAAUCUGGUGGAUGUUUCCGGAGGCGCUGGAGGCGAGGAAGCUGGGUGGCUGGCAGGCUGCAGCUAUGGACGUUGAGAGGUUUCCUCCCAGCGCAUCAGUGACCUCACUGUUCACCUCACCAUGCCGGACGACCCCGCCGCCUCCGUCCUAUACAUCAUCCUGGAGCUGCUGAUCGCCGUGUUCUCCGUCGUGGGCAAUGUGUUGGUGUGCUGGGCCGUGUGCCUCAACAGCAACCUCCAGAGCAUCACCAACUUCUUCGUGGUGUCCCUGGCCGUGGCCGACAUUGCAGUGGGUGUCCUGGCCAUUCCCUUCGCCAUCGCCAUCAGCACCGGCUUUUGCUCCAACUUCUACGGAUGCCUGUUCAUUGCCUGCUUUGUGCUGGUUCUCACACAGAGCUCCAUCUUUAGUCUCUUGGCCAUCGCGAUAGACCGCUACAUCGCGAUCAAGAUACCGCUCAGGUACAACAGUUUGGUGACGGGCCAGCGAGCCAGGGGCAUCAUCGCCAUCUGCUGGGCUUUAUCCAUCAUCAUAGGCCUCACCCCUAUGAUGGGCUGGCACCAGGCGUCGGAGAAAACCAACUCCACGGAUUGCUCGGGAGGCCUGAUGAAGUGCCUGUUUGAAGAGGUGGUGCACAUGGAGUAUAUGAUCUACUUCAACUUUUUCGGCUGUGUCCUGAUCCCCCUCCUGCUGAUGCUGGCUAUCUACCUGUGCAUCUUCAUGGCAGCGCGCCAUCAGCUGAAACUGAUCGAGGUGAAGGCGGUUCACGGAGAGAAGUCGCGCUCCACCCUUCAAAAGGAGGUCCAGGCCGCCAGGUCUCUGGCCAUCAUCGUGGGCCUGUUCGCCGUCUGCUGGCUCCCUCUGCACAUCAUCAACUGCUUCACCCUCUUCUGUCCUGAGUGCUAUCGCCCUCCCCUGUGGAUUUUUAACGUGGCCAUCCUCCUCUCUCACGCCAACUCCGUGGUCAACCCCUUCAUCUACGCCUAUCGCAUCAGGGAAUUCCGGCAAACCUUCCGUAAGAUCAUCCGGCGCCACAUCCUGGGCCAGCAGCUACAGGUUGAGCGUCACUCCACUUACAGCAGCGUCACAGACUCCAUCCGGCUCAAGGCCAACAGUCUCAGCUUGGACCUUUUCACAGAGCACAGCAGCAGCGACUGCCCGACCCACAUCUCUGCUGUAGGGGGGGCUCUGGUGGCGGCGUGUCACCCCUCUCUGUCAUUUGUGAUGUCCCACUGCCCUCAGAUUGGGGCGUGUGCACUGCGAGCCCUCAGGCAGCCUGAAACCCCACCGGGCCAUCAUCAUCUGCAGUUUGAGGAGCGAGAGCGGGACUCGGCUGAGGCGGAUGUCCCGAGGGGAAAGGGCAAACAGGACCGGGGUUCAGGGCAGAUCUCCUCACUGUUCGGCAGGCAGAGCAGCAGCGCCUGCUGCUGCGAGCUGGACCGGUUGUCCUGACACGUGCACCACCUUGAAUAUGAGCUUCAUCAACUACAGGACUGUCUCAGAAAAUUCGAAUUUUGUGAUUUUCUGUAAUGCAAUUACAAAAACAAAAAUGUCAUACAUUCUGGAUUCAUUACAAAUAAUAAUAAUAAUAAUAAAUAACUUUAUUUAUCCGUUAGGAACUUCAUUUGUGGAAAAGCAUCAGCAUCAGUGCGUGUACAGAUAACAUAUGCAACAGGACAGUACAGAAACAAACCAAACAAUCAAUAUAAAGCAACAUACAUUGGGCAAUCACAAAUACUGCUGGACUUAGAUGCUGUAAAACCAUAGCAUAGAUAAAAUACGAGGGAAAGAGAGAUAAAAAAUAUAAGUCCCCCGUUAAGUGCGUGAUAAAUACAAUGAUUUUUUAAAAAUAUGUAUAAAAGCGGGUACAAAAAUGAAUAGGUAAGAUCAGCUGUUUAUGAGUCUGAUGGAUGAGGGCACAAAGCAACGAAAUCAACUGAAAUAUUGCAAGCCUUUUAUUAUUUUAAAAUUGCUGAUCAUGGCUUACAGCUUAAGAAAACUCAAAUAUCCUAUCUAAAAAAAUUAGAAUUUUCUGGGAAUCUUAAUCUUACACUGUAAGCCAUAAUCAGCAAUAUUAAAAUAAUAAAAGGCUUGCAAUAUUUCAGUUGAUUUGUAAUGAAGCCAGAAUGUAUGAAAUUUUUGUUUUUUUAAUUGCAUUACAGAAAAUAAAGAACUUUAUCACAAUAUUCUAAUUUUCUGAGACAGUCCUGUAGAUACCAGAAAACUAAUGUUAUUGUGACAUUGAAAAUUUGAAGACCACAUAAUAUUUAAUAGAGUGACUUUAUUUAAUUUAAGCCAGAAUGAGUCUUAAGUUACUGCUCGUAGCCCAAAGAGUAAAAACUGCUUCUUAACAACCAAGAUGACCAGCAACAGGUUUCAGCAGCUCACACUUCACAAAGAUAGUUUCAAGAAACGAGAUCCCUCGUUACUUCCGUUUCCUCUCAAAAAACUCAUUAGUGAUCAAUCGACGUGCACUUUGACGACAACCUCCCCCACCACAGUUUAGCUGAUGGCAACAUUGUGGACUUAAGCUGUUUAAAAAAUGAACAAUGGACAAAGCAAAUGAUGCAUUUUUCUGAAAACAAUUUCAAUGUGCAGUUUUUUCUUCUUUUUUUUUUUUAUAAAUGUGAACACAUGAAUUUGACGUUGUGCUGCUGUGAUAAAGAAUGUAAAAAUGUUGUUUCUAGUCUUUCACUCUGUGAUGUCAGACUUUAGCUGGUGUUUAUCUGUUUAGUUAAACUGACUUGCUUCCAGUGUCAUUUUGGACCCUGAUGCUUCCAGUGGGCCCAGCCCAGCCUGUGACUGGACUCAAAUCCACCAGCAGUAGAAUCAGGUUCGUGCUGGUAAUAACCAGUACUCGAGUUGUAAAAAGAAAUCAGGGGGAUGGUGGAUUUUAUCAUAUGGGGACAGAUAAUUUGUGCUGAUUACAAAUAAUAUAAUAUAUUACAAAUAAUAGCACUGACCAAAACACCUGCAGAAAUACUGCAGGAAUGACAUAGCAGCAGUUAAAUGCAGCCUUCUGUAAGCUUUAAAUAUCCACUGAACUUAUCAAUAUGACUCUGUCCUUCACAGGAUAAGUAAAAUGGAUCACUGCAAAAACUCAAAAUCUUAACAAGAAUAUUUGUCUUAUUUCUAGUUAAAAUGUCUAAUUUUAGUUAAGAAAAACUCAUUACACUUAAAACAAGACUCAUCACUGGAAAAAACUAUUUUCAUCUGUUUUAAGUAGAUUUUCACUUGGAAGUGGAACAAGAUUUUUUUGCUUGUAAUAAGAAGAUAAAACUUGUCCCACUGGCAGAUUUUCCUACUUAUUUCAAGUGAAAAUUUAAAUGAAACAGGUGAAAAUGGUCAAAUAAGUUAUUUUUCUGGUGUUAUUUUUCUGGUGAUGACUCUAAAUGUUGAAAUAGCAGUAAAACCACAUUCAUUGAUGAAAUGACAUAAGGGAUGGAAAGGGGGGAUGGCAGUUUUACAGGGGGGAUGAUUUUGACCGUUUUUAUUUCAGGGAGGGAUGCCAUCCCCCCUCAACUCCAGUACUGGUAAUAAGUCAAUGCUGUUUGAGUUUGGACAAGCCGGAGACUUUGUAAUGAAACGUAAACCUGUAUGUGUCCGCUCAGAGUGCCAGUAAACUUUAAUGUGUAAUUAUUUAGGAAAACAUUUUGCAAAUAUUGACAGUAAUUUAAAAAAGGAUUGUAAAUGAUUAUGUUUUGAACUCAGAAAAUCUUAGUCUGGUGAAAGUGUAAACAUGGUUGUAUUCUUUCCUGAGGAAUUUGUUUUCGUGCAGCUGUUUCCAUAUAUGUCCCUCCGAACAGGCUGGGAAAGAAUGAUGUCUUCAAAUAAAUCCUCUUAACGUG